UUUUGAAAAAAAUUCAAGAAAUUAUUAAAAUGAUAAUAAUAAUAAUGAUAAUGGAAAUAAAGGUGAAUAAUUUGAGAAAAGGUGGAGUUUUGUCCUGAUUUUUCUCUCCUAAUUUUACUCUUUUUUUGCCAUUUCUUUCUUAAGAAGCUUAUAUACUUUAUUUUUUUUUAAUUUUGGGAUAUUAAAUUUGGUUCAUUUAUUAUUGUAGUUUGAGUGUGUAAAAUUUAAAAUAGAAAUCUUUUUGCGUGUUUGUGUCUCACUUGGUGUGCUGGCUUCAAAUUUUGGAUCUUUCAAAUGUUUUGCUCGUUCUAUGCUCAGAUCUUAAUUGUGCUCUUUCAUAAAUUACGGUAUUCUGUUUAUACCCUUAUAUCAGCUCUUAGCUAAUUCAGGAACUAUCUCUGAGCUUUUCAUAAGAUUCUAAUUCUGGUAACUUAAAGAUUUUAGCUUUAGGAUCUGCCAUCUUGUUCUGAUUCAGGUUCUUGUCCUGCUGAUUGGAUGGUUCUGAGCUGUUUAAUAGGGAUUGGCCGUGUGAUUACAAGGAGAUGAGUCACACGACAAAUGAAAGUGACGAUGGAUUGUUCCUUAAAGACGGGAUUGAUUCACCUCUGGCUGAGGAAGGUAAUUAUGGUGGAAGCGCAAAUGGUGGAGUUUUGCUGAAGAAAGGGCCAUGGACAUCUGCUGAAGAUGCAAUCUUGAUAGAAUAUGUAAAGAAACACGGGGAAGGGAACUGGAAUGCUGUUCAGAAGCACUCGGGACUUUCCCGGUGUGGCAAAAGCUGCAGAUUGAGAUGGGCCAAUCACUUGAGGCCUAACUUGAAGAAGGGAGCAUUUACUCAAGAAGAAGAACAACUAAUCAUUGAACUCCAUGCCAAGAUGGGAAACAAAUGGGCACGCAUGGCCGCACAUUUGCCUGGUCGUACAGACAAUGAGAUAAAGAAUUAUUGGAACACCAGAAUUAAGAGGCGUCAGCGGGCUGGCUUACCUCUUUAUCCUCCUGAACUCUCUUUUCAAGCACUGCAGGAGAGCCAUCGAGGCCUCAUUAAUGGAAUCGAUACCGGGGAUAAGGGUCACCACAGCCUCUUGCGGACCAAUGGCUAUGAAAUACCUGAUGUCAUAUUUGACAGUCUGAAGGCCACCCAUGGCAUCUCGCCAUAUGUCCCUGAACUUCCUGAUAUUACAAGAAGCAACAUGCUAAUGAAAGGUCUGCAUUAUGGUAACUUCAUGUCACCUGUAAUGCAUCGUCAAAAGCGUCUUCGAGAAUCAACAACUUCAAUACACUGUUACAGUAGCGACGUAAAAAGUGAAUAUCCUUUGUUUGACCAGUAUCAGGGUGAUUCUUGUGAUAAAGUUUCCCAAUCUUUUGGGCUGUCUUUUCCAUUUGAUCCUGAUCCCACCAAGUCCUUCGAUGAAAAUCAGGGAAGCCAUGCCCUUGAAAAUGGCAAUUUCUCUACUUCUAGGUCCUCCCCUGGGCCUGUGAAGUUGGAGCUCCCUUCACUCCAAUAUCCAGAAACCGAGUUAGGUAGCUGGGGCACAUCCCCACCACCCUUUCUUGAGACUGUUGACAACUUUAUCCAGUCUCCACCUACAGCAACAAUUGAAUCUUCAUCACGUAAUAGCGGCCUAUUGGAUGCUUUACUUCAUGAGGCUAAAGCUUUAAGCAGUGGGAAGAAUCAUUCAUCUGAGAAGAGUUCAAAUUCAUCCACCGUUACUCCUGGUGAACUUGCCGAAUGUUCUGCCAUGAAUAUUUGCGAGACAGAGUGGGAAGGCUAUGGUGAUCCCCUUUCCCCUUUGGGCCACACUGCAACCUCUCUUUUCAGUGAGUGCACUCCUCUGAGUGCCAGUGGAAGUUCUUUGGAUGAACCACCACCUCCUGAUACUUAUACUGGUUGCAAUGUUAAAUCUGAACUAGUUGAUCAACCAUGGAGCCCAGAAAGAGAUAAAGGAACAGAUACUCAGUUGGACAUUACUCGCCCUGAUGCAUUACUUGCUUCCGACUGGCUUGGACAGGGUUCUGGUUUUGUCAAGGACCAAGUCAUUAUGACGGAUAACAUAGCUACACUUCUCGGUGAAGAUUUGAGCAAUGAUUAUAAGCAAAUGUCAACUGGAGCUUCUACGUCCAAUCAAGCGUGGGGACUUGGUUCUUGUGCAUGGAAUAACAUGCCUGCCGUAUGUCAAAUUUCCGAACAUCCAUGAGGACUGCUAUCUCAUCAAACUUAUGAACUUUCAAUACUGUUGUUGGAUUAUUUGUGUUGAUUAUUGCUUCAGUUUGGGUGGUCAGGUAUGAUCUGUUUCCUGGCACCCGGAGGACCACGGAAAGUUUUAUCAUGUAAUUUGUCUGGAUCAACAAAGUUUUUUUAUUUUGUGGAUUGUGAUUUUUGGUUUGUGAAACAGGGUGGUGCAUGUAUUGCCAAUAUGGAACUUAAAAUGAGGUAUGCAGAAGCCAUAGCGGCUGUUGUUCAGUUUGUAGAAUAACUAAGCACUUCAGCUCAUUAUUUUUCAUGUAUUGAAUUUGUUUUUCAAUUA